CCCGACCUGUCCGCUCCGUCCUGCGGCUCCUCAGCAGAGACGCACCCGAGUCUCGGAUCUGACCCGGGACCGCAGCAGGAACCAGGCGGAGGCCGUGAACCGGGCCGUGGACCGGGCCGUCGGUGGGGACACCGGACUGUCAUGAUCCCGGUGCGGAGAUGGCGUCUUUCCCCGGUUUGUGUAAGGCCGUCGGGCCCGUGGAGGAGGACGGAGACAGGGACGGAGACAGGGACGGAGACAGGGACGAGAGGGACCAGGGGGACGGAGACAGGGAAGGGUCCCUGCAGCAGAUGCUGAAGGCGAUCACCGACGAGAGGAACCGACUGAGCAUCCGCCAGGAGAUCAGCGGACUGGGCUGUUUCAAGGACGACCGCAUCGUGUUCUGGACCUGGAUGUUCUCCACCUACUUCAUGGAGAAGCUGGCUCCUCGUCAGGACGACAUGUUGUUCUACGUCCGCAGGAAGCUCAACCACGUCAGCAGCGACCACGCCGACGGCAAAAAGGUGGAGGUGGAGGUCUACAGGAGGGACUCCAAGAAGCUGCCCGGCCUCGGUGACCCCGACAUCGACUGGGAGGAGAGCGUCUACCUGAACCUCAUCCUGCAGAAGCUGGACUACGUGGUGACCUGCGCCGUCUGCACGCGCUCGGACGCAGGAGAUAUCCACAUCCACAAGAAGAAGUGUCAGGAAGUGUUUGCCUCCCCCAGCAAACACGCUAUGGACAGUAAAGGGGAGGAGUCAAAGAUGAGCUACCCCAACAUCUUCUUCAUGAUCGACAACUUUGAUGAGGUGUUCAGCGACAUGACGGUUGGCGAGGGCGAGAUGGUUUGUGUGGAGCUGGUGGCGAGCGACAAGAGCAACACGUUCCAGGGCGUGAUCUUCCAGGGCUCGAUCCGCUACGAGGCGCUGAAGAAGGUCUACGACAACCGGGUGAGCGUCGCUGCUAAGAUGGCCCAGCGGAUGUCCUUCGGCUUCUACAAGUUCAACAACAUGGAGUUCGUGAGGAUGAAGGGUCCGCAGGGCAAAGGUCACGCAGAGAUGGCCGUCAGCAGAGUCCCGACGGGCGACACCUCCCCCUGUGGCACGGAGGAGGAUCACGUGUCCCCCAUGCACGAGAGGGUGACGUCCUUCAGCACCCCCCCCACCCCGGAGAGGAACCGCCCCUCCUUCUUCUCGCCGUCUCUGAGACGAAAGGUUCCGAGGAACCGAAUCGCUGAGAUGAAGAAAUCUCACUCGGCCAAUGACAGCGAGGAAUUCUUCAGGGAGGAGGAAGACGAAGAGCUCCACGCCACCUCCAACCUGCGCUCGCGCUCGCUCUCCGGCACCGGCCGCUCGCUCGUCGGCUCGUGGCUCAAGCUGAACCGGAGCGAGGACUACUUCCUGUUGUACUCCCACCUGACCUACGUCACGCUGCCGCUGCACCGCAUCACCACCGACAUCCUGGAGGUGCGGCAGAAGCCGAUCCUGAUGACGUAGCAGCGGCGGUGGAGACUCUAAAGUGCCUCGUGCAUCAGGCUCCAGAGACACAGCAGCGCCCUCUGGUGUCCGGAGGGGACGCCACACACACCUGCUUCAGCCGGAGGGACGACAACAAACAAACAAACAAACAAACCAGCCAUUCAGGAAGUGCCUCCUCCUCCUCCUCCUCCUCUUCUCAGUUCCUGCUGUGUCCAUUGAUCAUCUCCAUGGAACAGGAUCACAUGACCUCAGCGUGAGCAGGCAUUGGCUGAACUCUGAUCAGGAAGAACGUUUGUUUCACGUGUAAAUAUUCUGCUGCUUUUGUCACUGAGACACACACACACACACACAUAACCGAUACACACACACAUUACACACACUUCUUUCGUGGUCACCGAGGCGACGAGACGUGUGAUGAGGUCACUUCACGAAGGAGCCAAUCACAGCUCAGUUGCAGUCACUUUGUUACAUGUUCAUCACAACUUUAAUUCGUGUUGAUUCUUUUGUUCAAACUUAUUAAAUAUUGAUUCAACUUUCAUGUUUUUAAACUCUGUCCCUCAAACUGUUUGAUGUUUAACUCGAUUUAACCUGAAUAUUAAACUAAAUUUCAUCAUUUAACUUUUCCAAUGGUUAAAACUAAUUAACUGACUUAUUCACAGUAAAAAUAUUUACUUACAAAUGUAUAACUAACAUUCGUUUGUAAAGUCUGUAAAAAGUAAAACUAUCAUCACUGAGUAGAAACUCACUUCAACGACUUUGAAGAAAACGAAAAUUCAUAUUUCACGAAGAAAAACCACGAAGUUAUAAAAAGUGAUGAAUUAAACCAGGAGCUUCACUUACGCUGCUCGAGUUGAAUCAUGGGACUGAAAGUUGUGAUGAACGUUGAACCAGUUUCAAACUGGUCCGUCACUGGUUCCAUCGGCUCAGAUCAGAUUGGCACUCGGAGACGAUCAAAGUGUUUUUCUUCGGGUCGUAUUUAAAGUGAAAUAUUGUUUUUGAUUUAUGUAUUUAUGGUUUCUCCAGCUGAAUGUAUCCACGACGACAGUUCGCACUGUAAAACGCUUUUAGAACCUUUUUCAAGCUGUUUGUUAAAACUCUUUGUUCCUGCGUCACUUGAACGCAUCGUCGUGGCUUUUGUACACACGCUCGUUGUGCUCGUUCUCAGAUUCUCUUCUUUUACAAACUGUACUUUCCUGUUUAUUUAUUAAAAUACAUAUUAUCAGAA